AUGUUCCUCUAUCUUUUCUGUGCUCUCCUCCUACUCAGCGCCUUCACAGCUGAGGCUAAGCUAUGCGAAGACGCCUCUGGUGAAGGACACUGCCUAGAUUUGUUCAAGGACAAGAAGCUUUGCAAGGACAAACAGUACAAACCUUUGGCGAAAGAGUUCUGUCAGAAAACUUGUGGUAUUUGUCACUGA